GAUCAAAACCUACCUCUUUAUAACUACUACAUAAAAGCCAUGACAAUUUGUGUCCAUAGGAAGAGCAAAACAUAAUAUGGAGCUGAGCAAGAAGUAUUUCAUGCUAAUUUCUAUCUUUAUCAUGCUUUCAUCUCUUGGAAUUGAGUCUACUAAGGAGGAGCCACCAAGAACUGGCAAGCACUUUGUGCUAAUUCAUGGAGCAUGCCUUGGAGCUUGGUCUUGGUACAAGCUUGAGACACUGCUAAAAUCUUCAGGGCACAAUGUCACUGCACUAGACUUAGGCGCUUCUGGAAUCAACCCACUGCAGGCAAAUGAUCUCCAAUCAAGUUCUGACUAUUUCAAGCCUUUGAGGGACUUCAUGGAAGCUCUUCCUUUUCAUGAAAGAGUAAUCCUUGUUGGUCAUAGCUAUGGUGGGUAUGCAAUUUCUCAAGCCAUGGAAUAUUUUCCAAGUAAGAUUUCUGUAGCUGUUUUUGCCACUGCCUUCAUGCCUGGGCUGACCCUCAACUAUUCUACCCUCAAUCAAAUGAGACUGAACCAACAAGGCCCUCAGCUUGACAAUCACUUUACAUAUGACCAAGGCCCAAACAAACCUCCAACUACUUUCAUCUUUGGGCCCUUGUACUCGGCAUCAAAAUUGUUCCCGCUUAGUCCAAUUGAGGAUUUGACACUGGCUACCUUGUUGUUGAGACCAUUACGUUUGUUUAGUGACAAAGACCUGUCAAAGCAGCUAAUGCUGUCUACUAAGAAGUAUGGGUCAGUUAAAAGGGUUUACAUCAUAGUUGAAAAAGAUAAGGUGAUAAAGAGAGAUUUUCAAUUGUGGAUGAUUGAGAGAAAUCCACCCAAUGAUGUGGUGGAGAUCAAAGGAUCAGAUCACAUGGUCAUGAUGUCUAAGACAAGAGAGCUUUGGUCUCGUCUCCAAGGCAUUGCUGAGAAACAUUCUUAAUCCACUUUCAAUGCAUGGGACAUUGAUUCACUAGCAAUGUAUUAUAAUCAGAGAGAGAGAGAAUUAUAAUUUAUAAGCCAUUGGUAUUAUGGCACAAGGCUCUCUAUGAAAAUGAUAAUGUUUUAAUAAUAAUAAAAUUUGUAUCUCUAACCUUCUACAAUAUAAGGAAAAUUGAUUGAAUCGUGUUUAA